AUGUGCGCCCGUACAGCAAGACGAGUUGUAGUCUUUGAGCAUGUCCGAGUGAACGUAAAUGCAUCAACUCAGUUACACCUACUACCAUCGCUACCUCUAAAACCACCGCUGCCGCCUACACCACCACCAACACCAAUACCUACACCACCACCACCACCACCACCACCACAACUACCAACACCACCACCACACACUCCACCACCACCACCACCUACACCACCACCUACACCACCUCCUACACCACCACCUACACCA